UCCACCCAUCUCGGUUUCUGCCGCCCGCCCUUCCCGGGGCUUUCCUGCCCCUCGGCGGCCGGUUCCACCUUGGAGGUGUCUUCCAUCCGCAUGCACGGAGCCCCCGCUGUAUGCCCAGCGCGGUGCUGCCGCGGAAGACAAUUGCUGCCGUUUGUAGAGCCAGGCGCUGCACCCAGCCCUGUUAGGGUUAGUCUGUCCGCACGGCAAACCUGUGGGAUCUCCCCGUGGACAAUGGCAGCCACAAUCCAGGCCAUGGAGAGGAAGAUUGAAUCGCAGGCUGCUCGCUUGCUUUCCCUUGAAGGCCGGACUGGGAUGGCCGAGAAGAAGCUGGCCGACUGUGAGAAGACGGCCGUGGAGUUCGGGAACCAGCUGGAGGGCAAGUGGGCCAUGCUGGGGACGCUGCUGCAGGAGUACGGGCUGCUGCAGAGGCGGCUGGAGAACAUGGAGAACCUGCUUCGCAACAGGAACUUCUGGAUCCUGCGGCUGCCCCCGGGGAGCAAGGGCGAGGUGCCCAAGGUGCCCGUGACUUUCGAUGAUGUGGCCGUGUAUUUCUCUGAGCAGGAGUGGGGACAGCUGGACGAGUGGCAGAAAGAACUCUACAAGCAUGUGAUGAGGGGCAACUACGAGACGCUGGUCUCCCUGGACUAUGCUAUAUCCAAGCCCGAGGUCCUCUCCCAAAUUGAACAAGGGAAAGAACCAUGUAACUGGCGUCGCACUGGCCCCAAGAUUCCAGAUGUUCCUGUGGAUCCUAGUCCAGGCUCUGGGCCCCCCGUUCCUGCUCCUGACCUCUUGAUGCAGAUCAAGCAGGAGGGCGAGCUCCAGCUCCAGGAGCAGCAGGCCCUGGGGGUGGAGGCCUGGGCAGCUGGGCAGCCGGACAUCGGGGAGGAGCCCUGGGGCCUGAGCCAGCUGGACUCAGGAGCAGGAGACCUCUCUACGGACACUACCCCUGGCGUCCAUUCCAGCUUUUCCACCACUAUCCCGCCCAGCUCCUGGCAGGCAGACCUCCCCCCGCACCAUCCUUCCUCGGCCUGCUCAGAUGGAACUCUGAAGCUCAACACUGCGGCGUCCACGGAAGAUGUAAAAAUCGUGAUAAAAACAGAGGUCCAGGAGGAGGAGGUGGUGGCCACACCAGUGCACCCCACUGACCUGGAAGCCCACGGAAGCCUGUUUGGACCAGGCCAGGCCACGAGGUUCUUCCCCAGCCCUGUCCAGGAGGGGGCCUGGGAGAGCCAGGGCAGCUCAUUUCCCAGCCAGGACCCUGUGCUGGGGCUGAGGGAGCCGGACCGGCCGGAGCGGGAAGUCCGUGAGCUCAGCCCCGCUGUGGCCCAGGAGGAAGCCCCUGUCGGGGACUGGCUCCUCAGUGGGGUGCGGUGGGGCUGGAACUUCAGGUGCAAACCUUCUGUGGGCCUGAACCCAAGGGCUGGGCCUGAGGGGCUCCCUUACCCCUCACCAGACAGUGGGGAGGCUGUCCUGGACCCUGGCCAGGCCCCAAGACCCUUCGGUGAGCCCUGUAAGUACCCGGGCUGGACAAAGGGCUUCAGCCACAAGCCCGGGCUGAAGAAGCACCCCGCAGCGCCUCCCGGAGGCCGGCCCUUCACGUGUGCCACGUGUGGGAAGAGCUUCCAGCUGCAGGUCAGCCUGGCCGCCCACCAGCGCAGCUGCGGGCUGCCCAACGGGUCGGGCGCGGGCACGGGUACCGCUGGCUCCACGGGCGCGGCGGGCAGCGGCUCGCGCGGGGAUGGGAGCGCGCUGCGCUGUGGCGAGUGCGGGCGCUGCUUCACGCGGCCGGCGCACCUCAUCCGACACCGCAUGCUGCACACGGGCGAGCGGCCCUUCCCCUGCACCGAGUGCGAGAAGCGCUUCACGGAGCGCUCCAAGCUCAUCGACCACUACCGGACGCACACGGGCGUGCGGCCCUUCGCCUGCACCGUCUGCGGGAAGAGCUUCAUCCGCAAGGACCACCUGCGCAAGCACCAGCGCAACCACACGGCGGGCGCGAAGGCGCCGGCCCGAGGUCAGCCGCUCCCGCCCCUUCCACCCGCGCCGCCGGACCCCUUCAAGAGCCCUGGCUCCAAAGGGCCGGGGACCACCACAGACCUGGUGACAGACUGGACUUGUGGUCUCAGCGUCCUGGGGCCUGCCGACGGCAGUAACCUGUGAAGCCCCACCGAGGCAGCCGGCCACUGGGGCUCCCGCAGGCGCACGAGAUGGAAGGAGUAUCUCCAGGCAUCAGGGGGAGACCCGCCGCGUAGAGGCGGAGAUGGGAGACUGGGAGAACCAAGUUCAGGCGUUGCUGAGCGCUGAUCAGUGAGAAGGAAAUCAACAAUACAGCUUUCAGCUAUAAACAAAGCAGAGUUCUCUGAUUGUGAAACUGAGCACCAUAGAAUCUUAAGUAAUUUAAUUACGAGACUUUUUUAAUCCUUGAGGAUAACGCGGGAAAACCGUAGUAGCACCAGUUUAAAUUUUGCAGCAUCCUUUGGGUUUUUGAAGCAUGUGUUGGUGUCCGCUGGGUCCUCACCGAGUCUGACAGUCGAGGGUUGCUAGCAGGUGACUCCUCGGAAUGGGGUAUCACACCAUGCCAGGGGUGGGCUGGUCCAGGCCUGGGGCUCGGAGCCCCUGUGAGGGCAGCCGGGUGCCAGGGAGCCCCAGCCUCGUCUCAGUUGGGAGAAAGACUUCCCCAAAGUAGCCUGCUGUUUCUCAGCUUCCCUCUCCAUCUGAAAAGGCCUGUCCUGUGUGUGUUUUCCUUGUUACAGCUGUCUGCACCGCCUACCAGGAGGGGGCGUGGCCACGCCGCGCUUACGUAACUCCUGGGCCUCCUGGGGAGAGCGGUCUGAAACGUGGUAUUAGAUCUGGACAGGGGGAGAACUGAGGCUGGGGGCUUGGGCCCAACACAUCCCGUCCCUGGCAGAGCCGGAUGAGGCAGGGCCUGCUGCCUGCAGGAGGCCGCCCUCCACUCCAGCAGAAGGCUCUUCUUCUUUGCCUCUUUGUGUAGGUUUUUUUUUUUUUUCCAAAAUGCUUUCACAUUGCAUUUCAUGUGGUCAUUACCGUGACUUUGUGCAGCAGGCAGGGUAGGUGUGAUUUCUUUUUAGAGCUGAAGAAAUAAAUUGCUCAAAGAGGACACAUCGCAGCUCCUCACUGGGUACGUUGUGGUGUGCCACGAGGCGUGAAGAGCCACAGGGUGGACACAGCCCAUUGUGCUGGGACAUCAGCUUGGGGGAGACAGGUUUUAACGCUGGCCUUAUUAAGAGCCGUCCCACACUUGGCGUGGGUGAGAUCAUCAGGCCUACAGGCACUGCUUCCCUGAACACCUGCCCUUGGUGUGUGUGUGAGCUUGCUCUCUGGUCAGGGGCACUUGGGAGGCAAAGCCUGAGAAGCUGGGGAAGGAUAAGUGGCUUGCUUGUUCUUCGUGUCUAACAUUUUCAUGGUGGAAAUAGAAACGGACCCAGAUUUCUUGAUUCUCCCACAGUGCUGUCUUGACCACGUGAAUAUCCGUUGUUUUGUUGAAGCAGCCACUGGUCCUCUUACCCAAAAUGGGUACCUUGUUUCCCCUGCAGGAAGGAGAGACCAGGAAUUUCCUUCAUUCAGCAACCUCAUGCAUACUUUUAUUAGGCAAUAGACUAGUUAAGAAAAUUGUUUCUAUGUACUGUAUAUUUUGUACCUGUUUACACUUCUAAUACUGAUAUAACUGAUAUUUUGAAAAACAAAUGAACAGAAAACAUCCUGUUAAAAUAAAAUCUAACCAGCACCAAGGUGGUUUGGUUGAUUCUAUACUUAGAGCCAUUG